AUGUAUUUAAAAUCUCCGGAAAACCAAAGAACAACUGAUAUAUACCAGAAUAUUGUGGAAAGUAUACAUCAAGCAGCAAGAGAAGCUAUUGGAGAGAAAAGAAAAUUCAACAGUGCAAAAAUAUGGUGGAACGAUGAAAUAGAAGAAAUAAUUGCACAAAAGAAGAAAGCUUAUAUGAAGUGGAUCACAACAAGGCUACAGGAAGAUCGGGAUACUUACAACGCGAUGAAAAGAGCAACACGAAACAAGAUUAACAAAGCAAAGAACGAAAUAUGGGAUAAAAAAUGCCGAGAAAUAGAUACAUACAUAGGAGGAAGGAAAUCUACAGAAGUGUGGAAGUUUAUAAAAAAUGUUAAAUCAACAGGAAAGGAAAAAUCCAACAUAAGCGUAAUCCGACAACAACAAUGGAUACAGCACUACACAGAAUUACUUCAGGAACGACGUCCACAAUACAGAGACGAGGAGAACGCAUUUAACAUUCAAGGUGAGAACAUUGAAAUUGAUAUGGAAAUGGUGGUGGAGAAUAUAAAAGGCCUGAAACAGGGUAGAUCCUGUGGACCAGAAGGGAUAUAUGCGGAGCUCAUCAAGAACGGUACUAAAAAACUUUUCCACCUGCUUACUACAAUAUUCAGCCGAUACAUAAACGGUGAGGAUGUCCCAGAUGCUUGGAAACAGGCUUAUAUAUCUUCAAUCCAUAAAAAAGGAAAAAAAGACGUAUGCUCGAACUACAGAGGCAUCUCAGUUACAAGUACGCUUAGCAGACUAUACGGAAGACUUUUAAGAACCCUAAUAGAAAAAGAAAUUGACGAACAGGAGGAACAAUGUGGAUUCAGAGCUGGAGAUCUUGCACGGACAAUGUGUUCUGUAUGA